AUGCGGCCCGUCAUCCUGGGCCUCACCAACACGAAGAUUGGCAAUCUCCAAGCCCUGGCUCAGUUUUUGAGCAAUGCUUCCAAGAGUGUCAGUGGCACUCUGGCAGACAUCCUUUCCCCGUCCAGGAUGAUCAUCUUUGGCACGCUGCUGACAACCCUGAACAAGCCUAUGUUUGCCGGGUCUGGCUACAUCUAUGCAACAUUUGGCACGGUCGUCACUCUAUACUGGGUCACAGCAGGCAAGGUGUUUGACCGCAUGAGCAAGGGUGUCAGAGAGGCCCCCGGCAAGGCCCUCAUUGGAGAGCUGGCCGCCGCAUCAGGGGACAGACCAGAGGGCGCCUUUGGGCUGCGGCAGGCCAUGGCGACUGCUGGUGCUCUUUUGGGAGCCUCUGUGGCGGGGCUGGCGUACAAGCUGUCCGGGCAGAGCUACACUGUCACAUUCGCUCUGGCAACCAUCCCAGCCACGCUCGCCCUGCUGCUCACCAUCUCUGCGUUUGGUGACUCUGCCAAGGCUGCAGGCGCUGCCAAGAAGGCCGCCAAAGAGGCCAAGGAGGCGGCGUCCGGGGGAGUGGCGGAGGUGCAGCUGUCGCUGGUGCAGAAGGGGCGCGCGCUUGUGGGCGCCCUGCAGCCGGCCUACUGGCAGGCACUCAUCGUAGUCUCCCUCCUCUACUUCGCCCGCUUCGACGCAUCCUUCAUCACCCUCCGCGCCCGCACCGUGAUGUCCAAGGCGCAGCUGCCGCUGCUGACGUCGAUUAUCAUGGUGGUGCAAGCCUUCCUGUCCGCGCCGGCCGGCAUCCGCGCCAAGCGCUCCCUCAAGGACCGCAACCAGGUGCUGCUGCUGGGCUACGUCGCCAUGAUCGCCGCCGACCUCUCCUUCGCCCUCGUCCCCUCCAUGAUCGGCAUGCUGGGGGGCUCGUUCUUUGUGGGGGUGCACAUGGCGUUGACGCACGGCGUGACGCUGGGCAUGGUGGCCUCCUACAUCCCAGCCACCGAGGUGGAGGGCAUCGGCCGCAUCACCGGCACCUGCUGGUCCUUCACCGACUUCGUCUUCGGCAUCAUUCUAGCGUAUAGCAACUCGGUGGCAGGGCGGCUGUCGGAUAUCACAGUCGCUGCAAGGGCGGGCAACAUCGGGUGCUUCUUCGGGGGCACCCUCGCCACCCUGCUCUCAGGGACUGCGCUCAUUCUGUUCACCCAGUUUGGCAGCCUGGGCAAGGAGGAUGCUCUUACCACCAGAAAGCCUGCAAAGGCAUGA